AUUAUAGCCUCACCAGAGUUUAUCUUUUUGUGGUUGCUCUCUCUCUCUCUCUCUCUCUCUCUCUAUCUCUGAUCAUCUCUGCAUAUCUACUAGUCUUGAUGGCCUGUCGGACUCUCUGAUACAAUCCACCAAACCCUAACAUUUUGGGGACGAACACUUUCUCUCUCCUAGGGUUUUCCAAUUAAUCCACCGCAAUUGUUACUUUCAGGGGACGAAUUGGGGUUUCGAUUGGACCGAUUCGGUUUAGGGUUUUUCGAUGACCUAUGAGGAGAAUGUUGAUCGAGGAGAGGUGGAGCCGGAGCUGAUCGUGAGAAUUGGGGGCGGUGACGAUGAUGAGAAGGGGAGAGGGGACUAUGUGAAGCUCAGGGAGUGUCCCGGCGAGGCUGAGGAGUCGGAGCCGUCGUCGUCUUCGCCCAAGGGAUUAUGGUGUUUGUGGUAUUGGGUUAGGUUGGUGUUGCUGUUCAUGUGCUUGGGGUUGUUGGCUGGGGUUUUUAUCAAAUGGGUCGGGCCUUUUCUGAUGGAUACGGAGGUAAUUCCAAUGAUUAACUGGGAGACAAAAACAUUCAGUCCUCCAGUGCUUGCUAUUCUGGUCUUUGCUUCUGUGGCAUUGUUUCCUACCAUACUAUUACCAUCUUCACCUUCUAUGUGGGUGGCUGGAAUGACUUUUGGUUAUGGCUAUGGAUUUCUUCUCAUUAUAUCAGCAGCAGCUAUUGGUAUAUCACUUCCAUAUUUCAUUAGCUAUCUCUUCUACCAUAAAAUUCAGGGAUGGUUAGAAAAAUAUCCAAAGAGAGCUUCCAUUCUAAGAUCAGCUGGCGAAGGAAACUGGUUUCACCAGUUUCGAGCUGUAGCAUUAAUCAGGAUUUCUCCAUUCCCUUAUAUUAUAUAUAACUACUGUGCUGUGGCAACCAAUGUCAAGUAUGGUCCGUACCUCUUGGGGUCCUUGGCGGGAAUGGUUCCAGAAGCAUUUGUUGCCAUUUACACUGGGAUCUUAAUACGGACAUUGGCAGAUGCUUCACAUGAGCACCACGGCCUUUCAGCCCCACAGAUAAUCUUCACUGUUGUUGGCUUUGCUUUGGCUGUGGCUACCACAAUUUUCUUCACAGUGUAUGCAAAAAAGCAGCUCAAGGAAUUGCAGAAGGAAGAUGAGCCACUGUUGCAAUAAACUUCUGCUUCUAAUUUUGGUUGCAGAAAGACUCUCUGCUCCACAAGCAAAAUGGUGCACUUUAGAUGAAGUUUCUUUUAUUGAACGACUUCAUCUGUUGAUGUUGUCAAUGUAUUGUAAAUUGAUGCCCUUGGAGGACGGAGAAGAAGCCAUGACAUCCAUUCAACAUGAUUGCCACUAGCAUUUUCCCCUUAAAAACAAGUGUUGAUUUACUUUUGUUGUCUCUAGCCCUCCCUCUUAAUUGUCUAUUGUAUAUGAUUGAAAUGAUUCUCAAGGAUUGAAUUGGAUUCUAGCAAAAUUCUUGAUUGUAUAUAAAAAUAACUCUUCUAAUAUAUCAACUGUAGAUGGUUAUUGUAA